GUGCGCGAGAAUCCAGCCCAGCGCAUCCCAAAGCGGCCAGGCGUGAGGAUGUGGUGACGGCUGUGUCGCAAAAUACAGCAUUUACUACAUGAACAUUUACAUUGGUUUAUUUGUUUGUUUGUGAAAUGGAAGAUACGGUGAAGAAUCACUAACGAUCCAAGCUGAAUAAGAAGGCGGCUGAGCUUCUAUGAAGUGAUCAUCACAGCGCAGCUCUACUGACACCCUUUACUGUUCUCUCUCUAUGGGGAAGCUAGAAGAUGGAGGACAAAAGCCCACGUGUAGCAGACUACUUUGUGGUGGCGGGCCUUACUGAGUCUUCAGAGCCCUUUGAAGACGACAUAACAUGCAAUGAAAGCUGCCAGAGGAGCUCAGCUCUAGUCGAGGCUCCAAUCACAGAUGUGGCGGUGGUGUUUCGCUCUCAGGGCGAGGAGGUGCCGCAGGGCUACACCUGCAUCGAGUACACUCCCUCAGGCCUUCCCGCUGAGCUGAAUGGAGGCAGUAUCAUUGGUCCACAGAUCUUCCUGUGCUACAGGCGAGGACGAGACAAGCCGCCUCUCACUGACCUUGGUGUCCUCUUUGAGUGGAGGGAGAAGUUGAAGCCGGGAUGUCACAUCAUCCAAACCACGCCUUCUGGUCGCUCUGCCAACAUCAGCAGCUCUUCCUCACAGAGAAUCUACAUCACGUACCGCCGUGCACCCGAGUGUCAUUCUCACGCCACAUUGGCUGUCACAGACAUUUGUGUUAUUGUUCCUGGCAAAGGAGAAACACCACCAUAUGCCUUCUGCAAAGUGGACAAAAACCUGAACAGCAGCAUGUGGGGGUCUUCUGUGUACCUUUGCUACAAAAAGUCUUUGGCCAAGACGAACACACUUGCAUUCAAAGCAGGCCUGCUGUCCCGGUACCCGGAAGAAGACUAUGAGUCGUUCCCUUUGCCAGAGUCAGUGCCCCUCUUCUGUCUACCAAUGGGAGCGUCCAUAGAGUGCUGGCCGUCUCAAACAAAAUACUCUCUCCCUGUGUUCUCCACCUUCGUUCUCACCGGAGCUUCUGGAGAGAAGGUUUAUGGUGCAGCGAUCCAGUUUUAUGAGGUGUACCCAGAAGAGCGUUUGACUGAUAGACAGCGUGCACAGCUCGGCCUACAAGCCAAUGGCCUGAGGGCUGAGGACUCUAUGACAGUCCACACCAACAAAAGCAUCUGCCUUCUUUCUCAUUGGCCUUUUUUUGACGCUUUCCGCACUUACCUCACCUUCCUCUACCGCUACUCAAUUUCUGGGCCUCACACAUUGCCCAUUGAGAAGCAUAUCUCUCAUUUUAUGCACAAAGUUCCGUUCCCAUCUUCACAAAGACCACGCAUUCUGGUCCAGUUAUCGCCACACGAUAAUCUCAUGCUGAGCCAGCCAGUCUCAUCUCCACUGCCUCUGAGUGGUGGAAGUCUCUCCACACUGUUGCUAAACUUGGGUCCUAAAAACGCAGUGACUCUGCUGGUUCUGGCUGUGACCGAGCACAAGAUACUGGUGCAUUCACUGCGACCGGCUGUGCUGACCAGCGUUACCGAGGCCCUUGUGUCAAUGAUCUUUCCCUUCCACUGGCCAUGCCCAUACAUUCCCCUGUGCCCCCUGGCACUGGCUGAUGUGCUCAGUGCUCCAUGCCCCUUCAUAGUUGGUGUGGACUCACGCUAUUUUGACCUGUAUGAGCCACCGGCCGACAUCAGCUGCGUGGACCUGGACACCAACACCAUCUCACACAAAGAAGAUCGCAGAGCCCUGACAUGGAAGAUCCUGCCAAGGAAAGCCUGCAAACGUCUGAUCAAUACCCUCAGCAAUCUCCAUCAACAGCUGGUGCAGGACUAUUUGCUGAGUCGUGAGGAAGGCCAGAUAGAUGUCUCCAUGAGUGAACGGGACCCUGGCAGUGGCGGGAAGAGUCUCCAGUCACUGGAGAUAGAGAUCCAAGAAGCCUUCCUGCGCUUCAUGGCAGCUAUCUUAAAGGGUUACCGCUCCUACUUGCUUCCCAUUACUCAGGCGCCCUCUGAAAAAGCAACCGACGCCAGCUCUCUAUUUGACCUGCAAGGGUUCUUGAAGAGCCGUGAUCGUUCCCACCAGAAGUUUUACUCCCUCAUGACCAAGACUCAGAUGUUCAUCCGCUUUAUUGAGGAGUGCUCCUUUGUCAGCGAUAAGGAUGCAAGCUUGGCAUUUUUUGAUGACUGUGUAGACAAGCUCUUUGGCACAGAAAAGGGAGGAAAGGUGGACAGCGAGAGGCUAGAAGACACCAGGCUUAUUGAACUGGACAAAUCACAUCGCAGUGAGCACACAGUUUUCAUCACACCUCCAGAGCUUCCACCUGUGCCUGAGGGAGAGGAGCCCUCCAUACUUUAUAGCUACAGUGGAUUUCCAGUGCUGAAUGCUGAACUCUGUGAACCCCAGGAGGGCACCGGCAUCCCUAUGGCAACCACAAAUUCCAGACACACCAGCCCCGGGAGCCCAGCCGCCAUUUUCCGCCGCUCCAAACAGGAGAUUAAAUCAGCCCAGCGCAUGGCCAAGACAUAUUCAUCCAUACCUCACAUGUGGUCCAAGUGUCUGCUGCGGCAUUGCCAUGGCCUGUGGUUCAUCUGCCUGCCAGCCUAUGUAGCAGCGUGCCAGUCUAAGGUGCGGGCACUCCGAGCAGCCUACGAUGUCCUGAGGAUGAUGCAGGACAAGAAGCUGCAGCCACCUGACGAGGUGUGUUACCGGAUCCUGAUGCAGCUCUGCGGACAGUACGGGCAGCCAGUUCUGGCUGUUCGGGUGCUGUUUGAGAUGAAGAAGGCAGGAGUUCAGCCCAAUGCCAUAACAUACGGGUACUAUAACAGAGCGGUGUUGGAGAGUACAUGGCCUUCGUCCACUAGAGGGGGCAAUUUCCUGUGGGGUAAACUGCGCAAUGUGGUCCGGGGUGUGGUGCAGUUCAAGCAAGUGUGGAGGAGACAGGCUAGUCAUGCCAAAGAUCCUCAGCUCUCAGAUGCCAGUGAUCUGGACAGCGUGAGCCACGGUAGUCUGGACAGCACUAAUGACUCAGCAGAGCGAGCCUCUAUCGAUACUGACUUCACCAAAAUGGACUCCAGCGAUGAUGGAUCCAGCACAGGUGGACAAUCAGAUCAGGGCUAUGACUCAUUGUCUAAAGAGGAGGUGCGGAUGGGGGGAGGAGAAGAGCAGGACAGCUCUCCUCACAUGAAGGAGAAGAAGGAGAGAGACAGCACUCCACUGGCCAAGACAGGAACAUCUGUAAAAAAGGGCACAUCUACAGCACUGAGACCACUGCAUCCCUCAAGUGUAAGAGACAGUGCGGCUGUACCCAAACGUCCCAACUCAUUGGACAUCUUUGGAAAAAAUACUGUAAGGCCCAGUACAUUAGAGCUGACUUCUGAUCAGCUGAGGCACAUCUCUGAAGGGUGUGAACAGAAGCAAACUUAUCCAGAUGAGGAGGAGGUAGAGGAAGCAACAGGCACCACAUACCCACUCAAACCUGACGCAGAGAGGAGCACAAGUUGCACAGUUGCCAUGGAGACUAGCAUUAGCAAUGCACGUUGCAGUGUGGCAAGGAGCGUGAGCUUCAGCAACACUCUAGGCCGUGUGCCACAACGAACAGGGAUCGAGUCUGGCUUUGAUCCCUUGUCCCUUCUGGCAGCUGAGAGCAAGGCCGGAAAAGGAAAACCAGAUCAGCCUGAAGAGACAGAUGAUGCCCCCGGCACACGCCGUCACCUGGCUGAGGAAAUCCAGCUUUACAUGGAGAACCUAAGCAGUCCUGUCAGUCAGCGUUCACUCAGCACAGAUUUACACAGCAUCCAGAGUCCCUCACCACAAAGCUCACCUCGCCAGACUGCUGUACCAGGAUCGCCAAGUACCCAGUUGCAGCCCCAGCCCCGGAGCAGACUAUUCUCCUCCCCUUCACUGCCACUAGGAUGCCCACGUAAGAACAAGGUACCCCGGCCCACCUCAUUAGCUUCACCCUCCUCACCCACCCCUUCUGCCUCCUCCUUCUCCAUGGAAUCCCUGCUCACACCCACACUAGAUGUUUUCAGGAGCAGUUUCAUGUCUGCAGGAAAGGGCGUGGCUGAGAAAGCUAGUCGUCUCUAUUCAAGGCUCUCCUCACAGACUUCUAUUGCACAGGACCUGAACUCUGAUCGCAUCAGCGUGUCUUCGCUGGGCUCAGUUGAGCCUGACUGCUCCUCUCUGUUUGAGGGCGACCUCUGUCCUGACCCAGAAAGUCUCUCUUCCCCCCAGAGAGAUGCCUCUCUGAGCGUCACUCCCUUCAAGAGGAGUCCAAACAGGAACAGCCGCUGCUUAGAGAGUCCUUCAGUACCUCCCAGGCUUUUCCGCCAAGCCUCCCUCCUUGGAUCAUCACUGUCAGUAGUGAAAUCUCCACAGACCCCAGACGUGUGUCCUGAUGUGAGUCUCACACCAGGCCAGCAGAAUUACGACGUAGAGGUCCGCAUGUCCAGUUGCUCACGCUGCAACACCUGCGAGUGCCUGGCAUAUGAUGAGGAGAUCAUGGCUGGCUGGACAGCUGAUGACUCCAAUUUGAAUAGCACUUGCCCUUUCUGUGGUUCAGCCUUUUUGCCCCUGCUUAAUGUGAACAUCCGAGACUUGACCAGCAAGGACAGAAUUCCUUUUCAAGACCUGACUAGUUCCCAGAAAGAAACAAAGGAUGCUUCAGAGAUUGAGGAGGAGCCAGGCAGUGAAUCCACAGACAGUGCCUCCAACAGUGCUAACCACAGCACAGAGCCAAUCACCGUGCCCUACUUGAGUCCUCUGGUGCUGUGGAAGGAGCUGGAGAGCCUCUUGGAGAACGAGGGUGAGCAGGUUAUCUCCUCACCAGCCAUCGUGGACCACCACCCCAUUGUCUUCUGGAAUCUGGUGUGGUUUUUCCGCAGACUCGAGCUGCCCAGCAGCCUGCCCGCCCUUAUCCUUAGCUCCAAGCACUGCAGCCAGAACAUGCAGACUGACCCACAGCCGCUUCAGAGCAGUGCCUCAGAGGACAGUAAGAAUGUGUUAGUGCAGAUUUUAUGGGACAACCCCAAACUGCACCAGGACCCUAUCCCUCCAUGCUACAUGCUGUGGAACGCACACAGUUCAAACUCUAAUGUUGGUGUCUCCUCCUUGUUGGAGGAGAAACAGCCUGUAAGCCUGGAGCUUCUCCAGAGUGUUGUCAGGAGCAUUCAGAAGAACGAUGUAUACCAGCCCAUGAGCCAGAUACUUCAGCUGCUUGGUACUAAGCUGGGAUUCAUCAGGCAACGGAGCCUGUAUAGAGAUAUCCUAUUCCUGACAUUGGUGGCAUUGGGCAAGAACAGUAUCAACAUUGAUGCUUUUGACCGUGAGUACAAGUUGGCUUAUGAUCGACUGACCCCCAGCCAGGUCAAGCUGACUCACAACUGUGACCGUCCACCUGGCGCUGGAGUCAUGGAAUGUAGGAGAACUUUUGGGCUGCCGAGUCUGUGAUUUCUCUCAUCCUAUGGUUCUCCCACUUCUUAUUUCUCUCCCUCCAUUACCCUGAGGAGGAGAUGUGAAGUCUGAGACAGCCAAAGAAGAAGGAUUCACUACUACCAAAGCUACCUCUGGCUCUGAACAGGGCCAUGUAGACAUUUAGAGGCAUUUCCGAGCUCUCUACUAAAACCAACUUGUCUGUGGCCCAUCCUCAUUUAGUAUGUACUACCUUUAAACACUAUGUCAUAUAUUGUAAAUGUUUCUGUUUACCUCAUGUAAUACCCUAAAUUUCAGCCUUCUACGCAUUUCACUUAAGGUUCCCAGGACAUGUUUAUACAUUUAGCCUCACUCAGGUAAUAUGUACUACCGAGGCCAUUGUAGAUUUAGGAGCAAUAUCAUCUAGUGCUCAGGUCAUAGCAUCACUCAUCACCACUAAAUCAUAUAGAGAGGAUUGGGGAGUGGUUUUGGGACCAGUAGCACUACGUGUUGUAUUGUUUAGAACCCUUAGUAGAAAAGCACAAUGAACAAAUCCCAAUGAGACUUUGAAGUUUUCUCACAUUCCUCUCACAGUAUUCUACAGGCACGUGUAUAUUAACACAAGAAAGUCACCUUUCUGUAUAUAGCCUAUUAUUCUAUUAUUUAGAAUAUUUGUAUUAUAAAUGUAUAUUUUAAGACUUGUAUUUGUUAUAAAUGACUUGUCUUCAUAUGUAAAGACAGUACCAAGCAGUGUAUUUGGUUUUAAUCUGCGAGUGUGUUGUCAAAGAAUAUGGUCCUGGAGACCAUUAUCGUGAUAUCUGUGAAGCGUAUUGUCUUUUGAAUAGAUGAGGUACAGAACUGGACCAAAUCAGAUGUGAACUCAGAUGUGAAUUACAUGACUGUUUAUGAGAUGUGACUAAAGGUGACUGUAAUAAUAUAUGAAUAUUGUAAUUCAACUAAGCAACUAAAGCAAUGCCUUAUCCAAGGUUAAAUGAGCUGCAGAACUGGAUGGAGACCAACUAAAAAUGCAUAGAAUACAUUUAAACUCCACACUAAGAUAUCUCAAGGCUGAAACAAAUAAUAUCCUUGCCCACAUAAACUGAUGCAGAUUAGAAUGGGUUUUAAAUUAAAGCAUACACGAGGACAGUUUCGCAUCUUGUUGAAAACAUUAAGGAAAUAUUUCGACAGGUACUUUCAGAAAGGUGCAAUGUUUUUGUUUGUUUGUUUGUUUGUUUAUGUAGGACAUGAGCUAUAGUUGCAUCAGUUUAGCCUUAAGCUAAAUCCACUUGUACAAAUAUAGACAUGUUUACAGAUUGGCAGAGUUCUGCUGUUGAAGCGUUUGAUUCCAAUAUUAUCACAUUUUAUUUAAUAUAUGAACUGUUUAUGGUACAAUUUAAAAUGGGACACACUUCUGGUAUCUGAGACACAAUUUACAGAUACGAAGAGCACUUAAGUCUUUUAAACCUGAGUUCAUUUAACUGAAAUGUUAGAUGCAGCAAAUAUAUAUUUGCAUAGCCUACUCUGACUUUAAUUUGCUUUGGUAAUAUUAAUUUAAGCUACACUUUAUUACUCGUAGUGUAGUAUUUCACAGUCUACAGUGGCAUACACUGCAUUGUACGUGUUACACAUGGCGUGCAAUGUUUACAGUAUGGCUUGAGCUAUAAUGAAGAACACCACUCCAAAGAACUCUACUCAGUUUGACCAGAUGCUGUGCAAAUUGAUCAAAUUUUGAUGCCCUGACACUGCCAUUCCUGAUUUUGCCUGUUUUCUAUAUUCUAAAUCCUUAACUGACCACAUCACUAAACUCUAACUGGUGUUUUGAGUGGCAAUCUAAUUAAAAGACUAUUUCAGUAUGUGUAAUGAUUUCAAUAUUGUUGAAAGUUGGUAUAUGAAAUGAUUUUUGUAAGCUAAAGUAAUGUUGUGGCCCAAUGCAUUUUUUUCACAUAUCAUUUCUUGUGUUUAUUCCUGUUUAUAUUGUAUAGUCCUUAUUUCGCCAGAUCAAGCUGGGAUCUGCAGAAGCUGUUUGUAACUGUAAAUAAACACUCGAAUGACCAGUGCUGUCUUUGAAACACAUUUAUUAGAAAUAGAGAGAGGAAAACUGAGUGAGAGCGUGAUAAACAUGGUACUUUUGGAACACUGUUCAUCAGUGUUAUUCUAAACAUCUUGUACAUGUGACAGAAAAAAAAACGAUGCACCAUUUUCCCUCAUUAUUUGGUUUACUCCCA